GGUUGCCAUAUGUGAAACCACAACCUUUACUUUACACUUCUGGUGCUAAUUGGGAAUAUCAACCUGACCCAUCUUUGGAGCAGAUCUUGCGAAGAGAGCUUAAAAAUCAUUAUGAAAAUUUUAUUUUAGGGCGUUUUGACAAAUUGAAUCUUCCGUUAUAUCUAUUCCUUUCUGGAGCUGGUACCGGAAAAUCUCGAAACGCUAAUGAAUUCCACCAGACGGCAAUCACAUGUUUGUCAGCUCAAGAAGAUGAGGAGCUGUUGACUAGGAUUAAAGAAGCUUGGGUAUUCCAUGUCACCUAUGAGAAUGGCUUUGACUUACGAGAAGAUGAAUCUCGCCCUUAUCAUGCCAUUGGUACCCGUAUGCUAUUUCAACUUCUCAGAGAGAAAAUGACGCUUAAUAAAAUUAUCGAGACAUACGAGCCACCAGAUCCGUUGGAUGUUGUGACAUUGAUUGCCAAACAUUAUAAUCAAGACUUGAAAAACGUUAGUCAUUUUGAUCUUGCAUUUAGUGGCACUUUUGUGAUACCUGUUUGUACCUCAACUAUCACUGGGCCGAUUGAUGCUGUGUUGAGAUAUUCUCAGCGGAAACGUAUAUACCUACCGGUCACUUCUCUACAACCCCCGAGCUAUCGACAAGUAGAUGGUUCGGUCCCGGUCUUUAAAGAUGAUGAGAUUACUAAUAUUCUUGUGGAAGACUGUGGAGGGCAUGGAAGAGCACUAGAAGUUCUAAAUGAUUGCUUGGCCGGUCGUGACGUUGAAGAAUGCAACGUCAAUACCUUGAUGAACGAUCUGCGUUCUGAACUUACUGAAAAAUACCGUGAUGCUAUUUUUCAUUCCGCGGAAGAUGCCAGGCCCAUUGCGCGAGCAACAUUGACUCGACGUAUUUUAAAUAGAUAUAAGCCUGUUCCUAAAACUGACAAAACACCAGAUGAAUAUGCUGGGGGUGGGUUAAUUCGAUUCGAACAAAUAGAAAAUAGUUCAAAGGGAUACCUCGUUGCGCCGUACAUCUGGCUCUGGAUAUUUGUAGAGAUAUCUCAACAACUUGGAGAUCCAAUACUUCGAGAUUGGGAGUUCACUGAUUAUGGGGAGCAAAGAGCACUCUUUAAUCCAGUAACAUCAUUACAGGCGAAGUCAUGGCAGAGUUUUGAAAAAUUUGUCGCAUCAUUUCGUUGUAUAAAGUCAGCCGUGAUUGAUGAAGAUGAGCUAGUAACGAUCUCAGAUGUACACGCGGGAGCACGUUUGAAUG